AUGGGCGAAGACGUAAGUAAAGUGUACCCGACCCAACUCUUUUAGGACAACGGCACGGCCAGGAAGCCAAAAUGGAGCUACGAGCAGAUCAAGGCAGGCGACACCUACUUGAGCAUGCAAGCUGGUACUAACCGAUUCGAGAGUCAAAAGGGCAUGACGGCUCCAGGUAUGCCACGAUGGAACAUUACCAAGGACAAGAACGCUGGGUAAGGUUGAUUUCGUACUACUUGAUAUUACAUGCUAAACUAUCAUUACUCAAAACGUUAAAUCUAAAAAUAUUACAAGAACUAAUCAAUAAUCCAAAAACUCUUCAGCUACAUCGAACCAGACCGUCGUUCUGAAGAAGUGCUCCGUAUCCAAUGUGGUACCAACUUGUACGCUUCUCAAAAGGGACAAACUCCAAUUGGAGCCAACCGCUCCCAGGUGCCAAGAGUAGUCUACAAGAAGGACUGGGAGACCAUCUUGGACAAGGAGGGAGAGAAGAUCCUCCCUAAGCAAUCUGGAGACUACGGUCUGGCUACACAAUCUGGAGAAGUCUCCAUGGGAACUCAUCGUAAUCAGGUACCCAACAUCAGAGGCCGUCUGCCCAAUGACCGUCGUACUCACGGUCUGCUUUGUUACCAAUCCGGAACCAACAUCUUUGCCUCUCAACAAGGCAUGGGUGCCCCGCCUGGUGUUGGUGCCAUCCGUCAAGCGACCACUGAAAUCGAAGGUCUUGGCUUCAGGUAAGCUUUGUUCUUCAUCUUUAAAUUUUCUGGCUAUUACUAUCUUUAAUGCUUAACAAUAACAUUUGUAGCGAAGACAACCUCCGCCGUGGAUCAGAAUUCACCCCAUGGUACUCCGGACAAAACAAGUUUGCCAACCAAAGUGGUACCGGUGGUUUCCUCAAAGUUCGAGAUGUUUUGCCUCAUACUCAAGUAAGUAAACAAACAUUGUGUGUUGACAAGAUAACAUUACCCAAUCACAAACUUAUUUUACAGGGUGGAAAGGAAAUCCCGGAAGAACAGAAACUCAAAUCAGAAGGAUUGGUACCACUGCAAUCUGGUACCAACAAACUGGCUUCUCAAAGAGGAAUGACUGGAUUCGGUACUCCAAGAAACACCAUGUGCAGAAACGGAUGGAAGAAGGAAUGGUAAUAUCAACCUUUCUAUUAGAUUAGUAAUCAUAUUUUCAGGGUCGAGGAAUACGAAGCCGCGUUGAAAGAAUGGGAAGAAAACAAGCCUCCAGGAUCGGCCGCUUCAAAUCUGGAGCCUUACCAAAAGCGGAACGAAGAGAAAGAGGUAACAAUACUUGUGAUUGCAACAAAGAUUUUUAGGUUAAACAAGAGAAAGUUGAAUCUCCGAAAGAAGAAGAACCCCCAGCUGAAGUUGUAGCAUCCCCACCACCAGCCGAAGAAAGGCCCGCUGAGGAAGAAGUUGAAGAAGAAGAGGAAUACGAAGAGGAAGACGAAGAAGAGGAGGAAGAAGAGGUAAUGUUAAUUACAAAUAACUAAUAAAUUUUCAGGAGUAA